GCUAAUAUAAUAAAAUCUCCCGGAGAUUAAAAAAUUGAUGAAAAUAAAAUUUUGUGGGAGUUGAUAAAUUUAAAUGAACGAUGAUAACAGCAUUGCGCCACCCGCCUCCGACACCUCCGCCGGAAGCGGUUGCGGAACCGGUGGUGGUGGUCAGCCAAAACUACUUGGCGCCAUAUGUGAUAGAUUUGAACGUUACUAGGAAGAUGAUGAUGUUAAUGGAAGGCAGUACCAUCUCGGUCAACGACAUCUACGGCGACCAAUGGUUUAAGGUUAGGGGCAAAAUGUUGAGCUUGCGUGACCGCCGUGUUUUGUUUGACAUUGCCAAUAACCCCCUCGUCACUUUCCAACACAAGUUACUAACUGCACAUAGAAGAUGGAUAGCAUACAGAGGAGAUAGCACAGAUGAAAAUGAUGUACUCUUCACUGUUAGACAAUCAUCACUAAUUCAAGUCACAUCUGAUUCCAAGACAAAACUUGAAGUGUUCAUGGCACAUAACAUGGACAAAGAAGGUAAUGGUGUAUGUGAUUUCUAUGUCAAAGGCAGUUGUUGUGAAACUUCUUGUGACAUUUUCAUCGGAGGGACUAAGACUAUGAUUGCUCAGAUGCAUAGAAGUCAAAGUUUCUUUAGUGCGUAUCUUGGAAAGGACAAUUUCACGAUGUCUAUUCGUCCAAAUGUUGAUUAUGCCUUCAUUGUUUCACUUGUUGUCAUUCUUGAAGAAAUUAAUAGUGAGAGAAAACGCCAAGAACUGGUGAUUAAAUCUUGUGGCCUUUUCGGUUAAUAUAUGUCGAGAUUAGAAUCUGCUUCAUGCACCAUUGUUCGAGAGAUUUUUCUAAACAGAAGACGUGGUUCGUGCUUCAUGUUCCUAUUUUCAAAUAAAAUGUAACUGCUAAUGGGAUAUUUCUAAACUAGUGUUUUGUAAACGUUUUAAGGCCUGUGUGCCUGUACUUGACACUUGUGGCCUAAAUUCAAAACAGUUGUAUUUUGCACUUGUUUAAUUUAAUAUUGAUGUUGCUUAU